UUGUUUAUUGCGUGGCACAGCAGCCCCGGGACGGCUGGGAGGGACUUGUGCAGAGCCGAGUUGCAUCCCAGAUGCCUUUCCCUCUCCCCCGCGAAAAGUGAGAGCUACUUUUGCCCCCAAGGAAGCAGGGAGCCGUUCCCACGAUGCCCCUCCGAUCCCAGAUCCUGCUGAUCCUGCUCUUCUUCGCCGCCCAGGGCACCCACGGAGGAGCCAAGCGACAGGAAGAUAAUUUAUUGGUUCUUACUGUGGCCACCAAGGAGACGGAAGGAUUCAAACGGUUCAGAAGAUCAGCCCAGUUCUUCAACUACAAUGUCAAGGUCCUAGGAUUAGGAGAAGAGUGGCACGGAGGAGAGAAUAAAAGGACGACAGGAGGUGGUCAGAAGAUCCGUCUCUUAAAGUCAGCUUUGGAAGAAUAUGCAGAGAAGGAGGAUUUGGUCAUCCUCUUCACAGAGAGCUAUGACGUCAUAUUUGCUUCAGGCCCGGCAGAACUCCUGAAGAAAUUCAGGCAAGCGAAGGCCAAAGUCGUCUUCUCGUCGGAGACCCUAAUCUACCCCGACCGAAGGCUGGAAGCAAAGUACCCCCAGGUCCAGGAAGGGAAGCGAUUCCUCGGAUCCGGAGCGUUCAUAGGCUACGCUUCACACCUCUACAAGCUUGUAGCAGAUUGGGAGGGUCUUGACAGUGAUAGCGACCAGCUGUUUUAUACGAAAGUCUUCUUGGAUCCAGAAAAACGGACCAACAUCAAUAUCACUUUGGAUCACAGGUGUCGGAUAUUUCAAAACCUGAAUGGCGCCCUAGAUGAGGUGGUCCUGAAGUUUGAGAACGGGCGCGUGAGAGCACGGAACCUCGCAUUUGACACCCUCGCGGUUGUCAUUCAUGGCAACGGCCCCACCAAGCUGCAGCUGAACUACCUGGGGAACUACAUCCCUCGUACCUGGACCUUUGAGACGGGCUGCACCAUUUGCAACGAAAGCUUGAAGAGCCUUGCAGACCUGAAAGAAGAUGUGCUGCCUGUUGUCCUGAUUGGCAUCUUUGUCGAGCAGCCCACCCCGUUCCUCACCCCGUUCUUCCAGCGCCUGCAGAAGCUGCGCUACCCCAAGAAACGGAUCCAGCUUUUCAUCCACAAUCGGGAGGAGCAUCACCUCGACCAGGUAGAGGAGUUUGUGAACGAACACGGGCAAGAAUACCGCUCUGUCAAAGUAGUUGGGCCAGAUGACCAUGUGGAGAAUGCUGAUGGCCGGAACAUGGGCAUGGACCUGUGCAGGCAAGACCCAGUCUGUGAAUAUUACUUCAGCCUGGAUGCCGAAGUGGUGCUGAAGAACCCUGAUGUAUUGCGGAUCUUGAUCGAACAGAACAAAUUUGUGAUUGCCCCACUUGUGAGCCGUCUUGGGAAGCUGUGGUCAAAUUUCUGGGGGGCCCUGAGUGCCGACGGUUACUACGCCCGCUCAGAGGACUAUGUGGAUAUCGUCCAGGGGCGCCGGAUUGGCCUGUGGAACGUCCCAUACAUCUCCAGCGUCUACCUGAUAAAAGGCAGCAUCCUGAGAUCGCAGCUCGCUCAGACCGACGUUUUCCACAGUGGCAAGCUAGAUGCAGACAUGGCUCUCUGCCACAACAUCCGGGAACAGGGGAUCUUCCUCUUUGUGACAAAUCAGCAACAGUUUGGCCAUAUCCUCUCCCUGGAGACUUAUCAGACAAGCCACCUGCACAAUGAUCUCUGGCAGAUCUUCAGCAACCCGGAGGACUGGAAGGAGAAAUACAUUCACGAAAACUACACCGCAGCCUUGAAAGGGAAGCUGGUAGAAACGCCCUGCCCAGAUGUUUACUGGUUUCCGAUAUUUACCAACACAGCUUGCGAUGAACUCGUAGAAGAGAUGGAGAAUUUUGGCCAGUGGUCCAAGGGAGGCAACACGGACACCCGGAUCCUGGGGGGAUACGAAAACGUCCCGACGAUCGAUAUCCACAUGAACCAGAUCAACUUUGAACGGGAGUGGUACAAGUUUCUCCUGGAGUACAUCGCCCCCAUUACGGAGAAGCUGUACCCUGGGUACUACACCAAGACCCAGUUUGAGCUGGCCUUUGUCGUCCGGUACAAACCCGAUGAGCAGCCUUCGCUGAUGCCGCACCAUGACGCCUCCACUUUCACCAUCAACAUUGCCUUGAACCACGUCGGAAUAGAUUAUGAAGGCGGAGGCUGUCGGUUCCUGAGGUACAACUGCUCCAUCAGAGCGCCCCGGAAGGGGUGGACUCUCAUGCACCCCGGCCGCCUGACCCAUUACCACGAGGGCCUCCCCACCACCAAAGGGACCCGCUACAUUGCUGUGUCCUUUCUUGACCCCUAGAGCUGCCUCUUCCGGAAGGACAGAGAACGGGGAGGGGGAAUCCUUUCCUCCCAUUUUUAUGCCUCUGCAGGAAAAGCUCCACCAGGAAUGAGGAAUCCCUUGAAUUUACGGAAAGGAUUGGAGACAGAUCCUUCAUGUCUGCGCCCCACCUCUUGAGGAGGGUGUCCGUUCCAAAGUCGGGGGAGAGAUCCUGGUGUUCUAGGCAGAAUAUUUCCUCCUCCUAAUUAGCAUCCUUCCUCCUAAUUAACCUUUAACAUACGGCAGGAUCCUUUGGAAAUUUAUCCUGCUCCAGCCUUGCUGACCCCCCCCCCCAAUUUUGUUCCAGAAGGAGAGCUGCCUCAACUGAUCCUGCCCACCGUUCUGCCAUCAUACCUGGUGCUCGGAAUUCCCCAGUCGGGGAAGCCACCUCCAUUUAGCCUCCAGCCUCUGAUUCUGCUUUUGUAGCAUCUAUUCAGAGACAGCCCAAAGUGUUUCAGGCUGCGCGCACACCAUAUCUUUAAACCACAUGGUUCCCUCGAUCCCAAGAAUCCUGGGAAAUGUAGUUAAGUGUAAACUGCACUUCUCAUGGUUGUUGUUGUUGUUUUGGGAGGGGGGAGCCAUGUGCUUUCAAUGUGCCACUGUGUACACAGCCCUAGACUUCCAGGCAGAACAUCCAAAUGGUGCCUCCCAGUUACUGGUAAAUAUCUAAUAAUAAGGGGACCCAGGUGGCGCUGUGAGUUAAACCACUGAGCCUAGGGCUUGCUGAUCAGAAGGUCGGUGGUUCAAAUCUCUGUGAUGGGGUGAGCUCCCGUUGCUUGGUCCCAGCUCCUGCCAACCUAGCAGUUCGAAAGCACGUCAAAAUGCAAGUAGAUAAAUAGGAACCGCUACAGCGGGAAGGUAAACGGCGUUUCCAUGUGCUGCUCUGGUUUGCCAGAAGCGGCUUUGUCAUGCUGGCCACAUGACCUGGAAGCUAUACGCCGGCUCCCUCGGCCAAUAACGCGAGAUGAGCGCGCAACCCCAGAGUCGGUCACGACUGGACCUAAUGGUCAGGGUCCCUUUACCUAUCUAAUAAUAAACUGAAUAAUUUUGCGAUUUGGUCCCCUUUCUCUGCAUCCCAGUGGCAGCCACAACUCCCCACCUCCCCCCGCCCUAACCUACACUGAAGUGGUAAGGCAAUGGCAGAAUGGAAACAUUAGCUGACUUCACUUCCUCCUUUUCUGCAAAGUGGGCAAGAGAAAGUCAAGUCAGGCUUAACAUUGGAUCAGUGGAGGCACCAAUUUGCUAGGCAAAUUCCUAGCAUUCUAGGAAUUUCUCCCCUGGGUCUGACGGCACACCUAAAACAGAUCGAAGGCAGGCCCCAGAGAGGCACUUUCCAAGAGCUGUACUGUACGUAUUUAUUUGGGAAAGUUGGCCCCUUUCUUAGUAGGAUGUCUAGUUUCCCUGCGCAAAAGUUGUACAGAUUUCGACCAGAGAUUUUUACAGUAAAAAGUUUACAAAAACAAAUGAGACAAAUGUUGGUUUUCUUUACCGGUGGG